AUGGCGUCUCGUAACUUGGUCGAUGGGAAGGUGGCGGCAAUAGUGGUGGCACUGGCCGUCCUGAGCUUGGCAUGGCCGUCCUUGGGCGCGCGGAGGUUGCCCGCGCUGCUGAUCAGGAGCCACGUCGGCGACCAGGUCUCCUACCACGGCGGCGCCGUGCUCCACGGCGAUAUUCCCGUCACCGUCGUGUGGUACGGGAAGUUCAAGCCGGCGCAGAAGGCAAUCGUCGUCGACUUCCUCCUCUCCCUCACGCCUCCCUCGUCGUCGUCGUCGUCGUCGUCUCCUCCGAACACGACGACGCCCACGGCCGCGAAGUGGUGGAGCACCAUCGCCACGGGCUACCUGUCGUCCAACGCGACGGCGGGAGGAGGCGGCGGCGGCGGCACGAACGUGACGUCGCGGGUAGUGCUCGCCAACCAGACCUCCGACGAGGAGUACUCCCUCGGGAAGUCGCUGACCCUGGUCGAGGUGUUCCAGCUCGCCGCCGGGGUUGUCCCCGGCAAGGGCGACCUCGUGGUGGUGCUCACCGACCAGGACGUCGUCGUCGAGGGCUUCUGCAGCGUGCGCUGCGGCGUCCACGGCUCCGACGCCGGCGCCGGGUACGCCUACGCGUGGGUGGGCAACGCCGAGACCGAGUGCCCCGGGCAGUGCGCGUGGCCGUUCGCGAAGCCGGCGUACGGGCCCAAGGACCCGGCCCUUGUCCCGCCGAACGGCGACGUCGGCGCCGACGGCAUGGUGGCGACGCUCGCCGGCAUGGUGGCCGGCGCCGUCACCAACCCGUUCGGCGACGGGUACUACCUGGGAGACAAGGACGCAGCGCUCGAGGCAUGCUCGGCGUGCGCCGGCGCGUACGGGAGCGGCUCGUACCCCGGGUACGCCGGGAAGGUGCUCGUCGACGACACGACCGGCGGCAGCUACAAUGCCGUCGGCGCCCAUGGCCGGAAGUAUCUGCUCCCCGCCGUGUACGAUCCGGCGACGUCUCGUUGCACCACUUUGGUGUAGAGCGCACGACGUCGACGAGGAAAAGCGUGUGCUUUGCUUGGAAGGUGUAAA